GAUCCAUGCCCUGCAGGGGGUGUAUAAGGGGCACAGGGCCCUGCUCUGCCCAGUGCCAGGAGAGCCGCUCGCUCAGGAGGAAGCAGCUCCCAGGAUCCCACUCUGUGCUCCAGGAGAUCAGACACGGAGGAGGACAAGGAGGAGGGAGCUUUUGCCAAUAUGGAGGAAGAGUGGGAAUGAGACAUGGAUCAAGAGCUCUCCCAAUGCAGAGAGGUUACCAGCCAAGACCUUUGCCUUUGGGAAGAGGUGACAGUCCAAGAGUUUUACCAACAGCAAGAAGCUUUCCCAUGUGGAGUUGUGAGACACCAGGAGUGGCAUCAGUGCAAGGUAGGUGUGAGAGUCCAAUGGGGAGAUGGCACACAGCAAGAGCUGGAGAUGUUCCACUGGGAAGAAAAUGUGACAGUCCAGGACCUCUCCCAAUGGGACACAGAGGAUGAGACAUACCAAAAGCUGUCCCAGUUGGAAGAAGAUCUGACAUACCAAGAGCUGUCCCUUUGGGAAGGGGAGGGACACCAGGAAAUAUCUCCUUUGGAAAAAGAUUUUCAAAGCCCUAUGCACAUGUACCAAUGGGAAAAAGAAAAGAGAGAGCCAGAGUUCUCCCAAGUGGGAGACAGCAGUGAAAAGGAGGUAUGCCAAGGAAAAGACUACAGUCUCCAAAAGCUGGCCCAGUGGGAAAAAGAUAGCAGUGACCAAAAGCUAUCCCAAAGGAACGAAAGUGUCAGCAGCCAGGGCCUGUCUCAAUGGGGAGAAAGUGCCAGGUACAAGAUCUAUGACAAACCCUUACAGCCAGAGAAGGACAAGGACACCCAGACUUGUGCCCGGCAGGGACCGGGCUCUCCCAGCAGCGUGGGCACCCGGGUGGCAGCAGAGGCAGCCUGUGAGCUGCCCAGUGCCUCUCCUGCCCUGGGGAGUCCCACCGAGGACGAGCUGGCAGCUGCUGCUGCUCCAGCUGGAGCUGCUGAGAAGCUGGAGGAGCCCCUGGAGCCUCUGGCUCCCAAGAUGGAAAAGGCACCAGGUUCUCCUGCUCGCAGUGGGGAGCUUGAGCUUUCCCAGGGCGACAGUGAAGAAGGCCCAGAGCUGUCCCAAGGAGAAAUGGGAAAAUACCAAAAAGAGUCCCAAAGGGAAGCCUGCAUUGAGCAGAAGGUCUCCCUAGAAGAAUCUGGAAGCUACCAGGAAGGGUCCCAAGGGGAAGCCAGAACUGAACAAGUGCUUUCCCAAGUAGAAUCUGGAAGCCACCAGGAAGGGUCCCAAGGGGAAGACAGCACUGAGCAGGAGCUGUCCCAGGGAGAGUCUAGUAGCCACCAAAAAGUGUCCGAAUCUAUUGAAAAACGUCUCUCCCAAGGAGAUACCAGUAGUUACUUUGACCUUUACUUUGACCUUUCUGACUGGGAUGAAUGCAGCAAAGAAGAGCUGUCCCAAGGAGACAGAGAUAGCUACGAAGACUUUUCAGACUGGGAAGAAUACCCUGAGCAAGGACAUUCCCAAGGAGAAACUAGUAGCUUCCUAUAUCCGUCUGACUGGGAAGAAUACAGCGAGACAGAGCUGUCCUAUGGAGAUGUCGAGAACUACCAGGAACCAUCAGACUGGGAAGAGUCUGUUAGCCUAGAGUUUUCUGAAGAGGAAGACUCCAGUAGCCAUGUGGCUAGCAGCAGUGAUAAGACAUCCUCUGGGAAGUCCAGCUGGGAGAGUGACAGUGACCAAGACCUUGUGCAGGACAGCUGGGAAGAGAACACCGGGGCCAAGCCCUUGCUGCAAGAGGAUGAUGAGUGGGAUGAGAGAAGCGUCCUCGAGCUGCGUGAAGAUGAAGACAGAGAGGGAAGAGCGGCAGGUUUGACAGGAGAUGGGUUUCCCAUGCCGGUCCCUUGCAAGGCUUGGGCUGAGUAUGGGGCAUCUGGGCUGUGCCUGGGAGGGCCACUCUGUGCCUUAUCUCCCCAUUUGGAAGCCCCAGCCCCCAGAGGACACACGGCCUCUCCUGCCUUCCAGGAGCAGGUGCCAGAGGCCGGGACACAGAGCCUGAUGCAUGCCCCAGGCAGCCACCCCAGCCCCUCAGCUCCCCAGCCAGGACCCCGAGUACCCCACAAGAAACAUCCCUCCAACCUCAGGUGGGCACUGCACAGCCUGUUCCACUGCCCAUGCCUGGCGCCACAGACGGAGGAUUAG